AUGCUGCGGUGGCUGGCGCGGCCGGCGGAGCGGUGCCUGGGGCGCGGUGGCUGCGGUAGCGGCAGCGGGGCCGGCGGGGGAGGGGACGGGUUGCUGUGGCACGCGGAGCUGAAGCCGCACGCGUCCGGGGAGUACUCCUUCGCCGUGGCGCAGGCCAACGAGAGGCUGGAAGACCAGGGCCAGGUGGCGACCUCGCCGGCGUCCACCUUCGUCGGGGUGUACGACGGCCACGGCGGGCCCGAGGCCUCGCGCUUCCUCGCCUCCCGCCUCUUCCCGAACCUCCACAAGUUUGCAUCAGAGCAAGGAGGCAUGUCGACAGACGCAAUCAAGAAGGCAUUCCAUGCUACAGAAGAGGAGUUCUUGCACCUAGUCAAGGGGACAUGGCUCAAACAGCCAAAGAUCGCCUCAGUCGGCUCAUGCUGCCUUGUUGGAGCAAUUGCCAAUAAUAAACUUUAUGUCGCCAAUUUAGGCGACUCCAGAGCUGUCCUUGGUCAUAGAGGACCAAAUGGCCGGGGAGUAGUGGCCGAGAGGCUGUCUAAUGAUCACAAUGUUGCUGACGAGGCGGUAAGAAAGGAGGUCAUUCAGCAGCAUCUUGAUGAUUCGCACAUAGUCGUCUACAGCAGGGGCGUUUGGCGGAUUAAGGGCAUCAUUCAGGUUUCCAGAUCAUUUGGGGAUGCCUACCUGAAGAAGCCUGAAUUUUCCAGAGACCCUAUAUUCCAGCAAUAUGUGUGUCCUGUACCGUUGAAGCGGGCCGUCAUAACAGCCGUGCCAUCGAUCAAAGUACACCAGAUAGGGCAGCAAGACCUCUUUGUAAUUUUUGCAUCGGACGGUCUGUGGGAGCAGUUGACCGACAGAGCGGCGGUCGAGAUCGUCUUUAAGAACCCGAGAGCGGGAAUAGCGAGGCGACUGGUGAGAGCGGCGAUCUCUGAAGCCGCGAGGAAAAAAGAGAUGAGGUACGUCGACAUGCAACACAUCGAAAGAGGGAUGAAGCGGCAUUUCCAUGACGAUAUCACAGUUGUGGUGCUCUACCUUGAUAGUCACAAACACGAUGCGCAAACGAAGUUCGGUAGCCUGGACAGUUUCAGGUUCACCAAUGCACCGGCGGACAUCUUCUCGCCAUCAGGCCAAACCGUGGAACCGACGGUGCUGUGA